AUGCCAGUAGAGCCCCUCGCGCUCGACUCGGACGACAGUCUCGACCAACAGCCACCCGCCGCCUCAUCGUCCCGCUCAAAAGAGCAGAAGAGAGAGGAGAAGCGGAAGAAAAAGGAGAGAAAGGAAAAGAAGAGGAAGAAGAGGGAGCUCAGCGAGCACAAUCGCAGCCGCCGCGAAAACAGCAACACCACCGGCGGCAGCGCCGGCGUAACCGAAGUCAUCGACGUCGAUGAUCCGCCCGAGGCGAAAGAGAUCGAAGAGCAGCCAAGGAAGCGGCUCGCGCGGUCCAAAGACAAGUCAUCCUCCCCCUCGGCAUCCAAGGACAUCGCGGGCAGAUCCCGCAGCCCCCGCGCCACCGCACCAAACGACACCGACCACGGCGACGAUGCCGACAUCGACGACGGCGGAGACGAUGGCAAGGAUCAGCAGACUUCCGCUCGCAACGAGGGCGACCGCUCACCGGGCUUGCAACACAUCAGCAACCUCAAGCGCCUUCGACGCGACUCGACCACCCCGGAUCCAGCGCGCCAAUCUCCUCCCACAAAGGUCGCCAGGGGCGAGGACGCAGCGGUCAGCGAGGACGAAGUGGAGCAGAUCGUCCGCGGCAACCAGACGGGCUCGCCAAGCGACAAGACCCAGGACAGGGAUAAGGGCAAGGGCAAGGCUAGGGAGGAAUCCCACGACAGCGCCCCAGGCAAGGAUCCUUCCGCCGCUCCCACCACCGCGACCAACGCUUCCACUGACGGCGGCCCCGCCGAGGGAGCCAGCACUGGAGCGCCAGAUCCCGCGGCAGCUCAGCAAUCGACCGAAGGGAAUGAUCCUGUGUUCGACGAAGCUUCCGACUUGUCUUCGGCGUCCGACUCGGGCGACUCGGAGCCGGCCGAGAGCGGCGUUUCCUUUUACACGAGCUCCGAAGGCUCCUCGCACGACACAGACGAAGAGGCCGGGCUCGGCAACUGGAACGCCUACGACAAGAAGAACUGGCAGGGCGACACCACGCAUCUCGACGAGGUGUACAACGGCCACUAUCCGUUGCGAGGCAUCCUGCGCCACCGCAAGCACCCUCGCCACGGCUAUGUCCAGUACCGCACCCUCUGGUCGGGCUACCCGAUCUACUCGACUACCUGGGAGCCCGAGACCAUGUUCGACGACCCGGACACGCUCAAAGAGUACUGGCAGCGCCAGGGCGGGCGACCCGCCGACUGCCCGCCGCCGCCGAGCGACUGGGAACAUCCCCACGACAGCGACGAUACCGACAUUGCCCAGCACCGUCGGCCACGAAAGCGCGCGCACGAGGCGUUGCGGAAGCGACGUUACGAGAUCCGCCGGGACAAGUUUGACGCGCGCAAGCUGAUGGCCAGCUUCUCACAGGACAAGCGCGCGCGCGAUCUGGCCGACGAGGCGAGGCUCGACAAGAUGCGCAGGAGACGCAACGUUACCCUGGACACGCUGCCCCGCCGCGGACCGAAUGACGAGGACCACAUCCGCUCGCGCCAGAGGCGGGCCAAGGCCGAGCUGCGCAAGAAGAAAAAGUGGCGCCGUGGCCAGCAGGGUGCCAGCGCCUCUGGCCCCUCGGCCGCCGUUUCAGCUACUGGGCGGGCCAUUGGUCCGAGCGCCAAGGGCAUUCCGAGAAGCGCGCCAACGCGAGUAGCCAAAACAAGAGCGGCCGAGGUCGACGAUCUGCCCGUUAGCCAGGUCGAGCAAAAGGCCUUUCGACCUGCGCCGUCGUCGACCGCCAGCCUGCCCAGCUUCCGCCGAAAGCCGCCUGCGCAGACCAAGCCGGCUCCACCACCACCGCCGCCGCCACCGCCGCCCCCAAAGGAGAAACCGCCUCCCGGCAGCUACAAGGGCGCUCACCACCAGCCUGCCAAGGUCAAGGUGCUGGACAACGUCCCGAUCAAGAGGCGGGUGCUGCCGGCCAAGUCCUCCACCCUGUGGGACGACUUCAUGGCAAAGGACGACGACGAGCCUCCUCGGCCCACCGGAGGCGCGGCGGCGGCAGCGUCGCUUUCGGGCACCAACGGCAGCAUCGGUCGCGGGGGCGCGGCCGCCUCCCAGACCCAGCCGUACAUCCAUCCGGACCGCCGAUCCUUCGUGUCUGGCGCCGACGGGGCGCAACCGUCGACGGCGACUGUGCCUGCCGCGGUCGCCGACGAUGAUAUGGGCUGGGGCUCGAACGCGUCACCGCCAUGGCUGCCUCAGCCGCAAGAGCCGACGCCGGCCUCCAGGCAAUUAUCGCCUCCUCCUCCGCCGCCAUCCCAUGGCCGGCCGCCCACUGCGACGGUCAACAAGACGCGGAACGCGCCAACUGCGGAUCCGCGCCAACGGAACCAGCCGAGUGGAGCGUGGGCGGCGCCGCAAUCGCCGCUUGAUCGUGCUUCUCCAUCGGCGGCCUCGCCGAAGCUUCCCUCAGCGCCGUCCGCUCUGUCACCGCGCAAUGUCCGCUUCGAAGAGGCGCCCGGACGCAGCGGGUGGAGUCAAUCGCCUCAGCCUCCGGAUGCGCCGGCCUCGGCUGCGCCGCCCGAACGUCCUGUCCCAGGCAAGACGGACCCGUUAUCGGCUCCAUCAACUAGUGCCGGUUCGAAAGGCGCGUCAGAACCAAUUUCCGAGAGCAGCGGCUGGGCGAAUGGCGAAGCGCCAUCGGCUGCAGCCUGGGAAGGCAGCGGCGGAUGGAGUCCGCCUGCUGGAGUGGAGCCGGCGCGCUCGACGACUAGACCGGCGGAAAGCCCCACGCUCGGCGGGCCAAAGUGGGCGCCAGAGCGCUCUUUUGGAGAUCGUUACGGCGCUGCCCCCGGUCGGCCGGCGAGCAACAGCGUGGACGCGCCUCGAGACCGUGCGGCUGGGCCGAUUGAUUUGGUCUCCACCUCCAGUCGACCGGCCGCGACAAGCUCUGCGAUGUCGACAACGCCGCCGCAGUCGAGCAUGGCCCCGUUCUGGCACGGACUGGCCGAGUUCACCCUCGGCAAGGAGACGUUGAGGUUUGAGGCGCAGCUCAGCCCGCACCAUGAGCGUUCGACGAAUGCGGCGUUCGCGGUCGGUCUCGACCGGCAGGCCGAGAAGCUGCGCUUCGAUGCCGUCUUCCCCAUGCCCCUGUUCCGCGAGAUGGCCUACAUCUCGUCGAGGCCGCUCGCAGCCAAGGCGUCGCUGUUGGAGGCUGUCGGUCCCGCACGCGAUGAGGGCAUGGACACGCUGGAGCGCGUCAGUGAGCUGCUUCGCGACUCGGACCUGUUGGCAGUCUGCAGGCUCAAGCAGCCCGGCGACCUCGGAUACACCUGCCUGGCCAUCUUCUCGACCCACUACCAGCCGGACCCGGACGUUGGAGCGCCUCACGGCUUCCCGCCGCUGGUCGGUCCGCAGCUGUGGACGGUGCCGGUCCGGCUGGACAUCCCCGCCGCUCCGUCGCAGCGUUUCUUCCGCAUCACCAGGCCCGUCAGCUCCGACCUCGUCGACUACUUCCGCGCCGCGCAGAGCUGGGAUCAGAAGGCACUGUCUAGCCACGACGUCAACCGCCGCGACAUCCGCAAGGCCGAGCAGCUUGCAGGCCGCUACCGGCUCAGCGCCGAGCUUGCCAGGAACAUCAAGGAGGGCUACAACCUGAUCUUCUCGGGCCGGCGGAGCUCGUCGAUCGAGUCACGCGCCAUCUUCACGGUGGUCCGGCUGCUGCAGGGCGGGCUGCGCGAGAACCUCAGCCAGCCGCGCGACGAGAAGCUGUGGCGCGGCAAGGGAAAUCGCGUCAACGUCUUCAUCCGCAACGUGGCCCGCGCCGAGAUCUUUGACGGCGCCACGGCCAGCUACAAGUUCCCGCUGGCCGAGCACCUCCGCCGGCUCAAGCGCGUCCGCGGGUGCCGCUUCUUUGCGUUUGGCUUUGAGCCGCAGCUCCGGACCGAGGAGGUGGUCGAGCUGUUCCCUCUCCUGGACAGAACCGGCGGCCAUGGCAUCGUCACCCUGUCGCUAUCGGCGCUGCUGUGCGAGCUCUUCAAGGCUCCGCUCGACGAGCCCGAAGAGGGCCAACUGCCGGGCUCCCAGGCAGUCACUGCCCCGUCGUCGGGCCUCGCACUCGUCGCUGACGAGCUGCCCGAAAUGUGGCUCUGCCUGCUGCACCCGUGGCUGUUUUCGACGCUGCGGCUGCUCGAGCCGCACCUGCCCGAAGUGCUCGAGGCACUCGGCAUCUGCCCGCCGGGCCAGGCGCUACCGCCCAUGUUUGAGAUCGAGGAGCAGCUCGAGGCGCUGUCGCGCGCCGCGGGCGUCAAGAGGAUCGACGCCAGCGAAAUCGCCAGCCCGCCUUUCGAUGAGCCCACCGAGGCGUCGCUCUCGGACCCGGUCAAGGUGGUGCGCGACCUCGACGAGGAAAUCUUCAAGACGAUGGCGCGCAUGCAGGCGCAGUCGCUCGAGAGCCUGCGCUUCCACGUCUACGUCGCCGCGCCCGGCGAGCCGACGCGGAGCGAGGCCGAGCUGGCGGGCAUCGAGAGGAUGUCGUUCCAGGAGCUCCUCGAGGGUGCAUGUAAGACCCUGAGCCAGUGUCCGGGCAACCCCUGA